GCUAGAGUGGGUGGAGAUCAUCGAGCCCAGCUCCAGGAACAUCAUGUACGCAAACCUGACCACGGGACAGUGUGUGUGGGAUCCUCCGGCCGGCGUCCAUGUGAAGAAGUUUGAUGAUAACCAGUGGUGGGAGCUGUUCGACACCAACACUUCCAGGUUCUACUACUACAACGCCACCUCACAGAAGACGGUCUGGCAUCGCCCGCAAAACUGCGAUAUCAUUCCCCUCGCCAAGUUGCAGCAAAUCAAGCAGAAUACAGAGGUGGCAGAGGAUGAGGACAGCAGAAAGAUUGUGAGGGAAUCCAUUGGCACACAGACACCUUCCAAGCCAGGACCGCUCCCUCUGACCAUACCUGCGACAGUGACUUCCCAUCAUUCAUCUCUACAACUCCGCCAUGCCCCCCUUGCCAAGAAUGGUCCACUCCCAACUGGUCGAGCAUCACCAAAAAAUGGUCCAUUGCAGACCUUCAGAUCACCCACAAACAAUGGCCCUGUGCCUUCACCCAAGGUUUCCCCGAGCAACUCCAUAUCUUCAUCACGGUCAUCAAUCAACAUAGCUCCAGGUCCAGGGUCAUUACAGCGGUGCCACAGCUCCCUCUUAGGGCGCAGGAGCACCAGGAGUUCUUUACCAGGGAUUGGGAGUGGGACAAGGGGGGCCUUACAGGGUUUAGGGAGUGGUUCAAGGGGAUCUUUGCCUAGUGGCAGUGGGUCUAGAGGAAUGGUGCUCGGAGUUGGGAGUGGACCUUCGGGGGUGCAACAGCGGUGGUCGGGCGGGGCGUCAAACUCACGCUCCUCUGGCAUGGGGUCGUUGCAGAAGAAAGAAGGUGGGACAGGAGGCGGAGCUUCAGAGGCACUCUCACUACCCCACUCACUCUCCAAGAGAGUCAUCAGCUCCACCACUCAGACUUCCCCAGUGCCCUCACCAAGACCUUCUCGAAGAUCCUCAGCCCACAAUGCCAGCUCAGCAGGUGGGGGAGGAAGCACUGGUGGAAGUGGUGGCAGUAGCACACUGGCUCAUGUUCACACCACCACCAUCACAUUGAUGCCUAAUGGAGAAGCAGGAGGUGCAAGGAGAGUGCGUCGAAGCUCUCAGUCAUCGCAGGGAUCAUCACUCUCUUACAGUCGCCCAUAUAGACAAGAAUCUGGCAGGUCUAGUGACAGUUCCAUGUCCCAAAGCCGCACCUCCUUAGAAGGAUCUGGUUAUAGAUUGCUGGAGUCUCCGCGUGGUAGCUCUGGCCUUCGGGACUCAAGGAGAGGUGGCUCAGCUGCUGGGCGUGUAGGAGAGAGCCAAAAAGAAGGGGAUCCAGUGUCUCCUCGCUCUCCAGACUCUGUGUCUUCCCAUUCCUCCCCGACACACCCACAGCAGGCAGGCCCCGCUACACCCUCUUCACACCGCCGAGCUCACACUGAUUCCCGAGAACAGACAGCUGCCAGGUAUAAGGGUGUUCCCCAUCAUGAUUUUUCACAUCUUCAUUUUUCCAAACAACGCAGUUUUGAUGUUUCCAACUAUCCAAAACCUGAACACAGUAUGGACCGGCCAAGAGAAAUGGCAUUGUCUCGUAGCUACAGUUUCAUGUCAAGGCCCCGAUACCACGAUGAAGAUGGUAUGCAUGAAAGAUACUUGAUUGGGGCUAUGCGAUCUGUUGAAUCAACGCCACAGCCACGUCGUCGCCAAAAGGGCCUGGAUGCUGUGCCUGGUAGUCCUGAUUCUUUAGGAUCUCAUGGUUACCUUAACUACCGCCAAAGAUCUGAUAGUUCAGGCUUGGAAAGCCUUGCAACACCCAUGAUGCACAGAAAACAAAGGUCCCUUGAGUCGGGAAAAUCCCGUUUUAAAAUGGAUCUAC